AUGGCUGCAACAAACCAACCCAACAACUUCGCCGCCAAACUUGGCAGGAUACACGAACUUCUGGGCUUCCGAAAGAGGUAUCACUUCAUCCUCUUCGUCAACUUUGCGGGCGCCCUCAUGGGGUUCACCCUAGCCCGCCUGAUGUAUCUCAACUUUGACAAGGUCUUCUGCGGACCGGGCUUCAGCACAACUGAGCGCGCAUUACCCGGCGAGUACAUGCUGUUGGCGGUGGUUUAG